CAUUUGAAUAUCAAAGCACAACAUGGUCGUGUUGCAACUGCUUCUACUCACCCUACUCUGGGGGGGCUCAGCCCUGGCCAAUGAGAUCUCCAUUCAUCCUCAAUGUGCCAAAGGUCCUACAUACUGGUGUAAGAACUUAAUGACGGCCAUCCAGUGUGGCACCUUGCAACACUGCGUGCAGGCAGGUUGGAACUGGACCACCAACGAAGAUAUGUGCACAGACUGUGAGCAGAUUGUCACCAUCCUCAUGCGCAUGGCCAAGGAGUCAGCCUUUAAGGAGGCCAUCCAGAAGUACCUGGAGCAUGAAUGUACCACCUUGCCACUGCAGACGCUGAUCCCACGUUGCCAGACACUGGUGGAUACAUACUUCGCCCUCUUCAUUUCCACUAUGGAAGGACAGAUCAAGCCCAGCUCUGUCUGCACAAAAUUGGGCCUCUGCCACUCUGAGCCAAUAGCGAGCGAGAACACCUUUGACGAGCUGGUUCCAGUGGUGGAGCAGUUCUUUCAGCUACUGCAAGGCAAAGCUCUCAUCACACCCAACAGCCAGACCCAGGCAAAACCAGGGGAGGAGCUGCCCAUCCCCCUGCCUCUUUGUUGGAUGUGCAGAUCUUUUGUGGGCAGGAUUGAAUCCACCCUCCCAAAGGGAGCGAUUGCCAAGUCCCUGUCUCAACUCUGCCGGAUUCUGCCAGCAGCCAUUGCUGGAAUGUGCCAGUGUUUGAUGGAGAAAUAUACCGUGAUCAUUGUUGACCUGAUCCUGGGCAAACUGGGGCCACGCCUGAUCUGCGGGAUGAUGCUCAUGUGUGCUACAGAGGAAAACUGUGGUCCAGAGAUGAGUCCAGGGUUGCUCCCUUGCCAGGCCUGUCUCGCUAUCAGCAGCCAGGUGAAGCUGUCCCUCAAGGCCAACACCACCCAAACUGAAAUAGAGGCAGCCUUGCUUAGCACCUGUAGCAGCACCUAUUCAGACUGGCAAAAAGAGUGUGAAAGCUUCGUCUACCAGCACCAGUCAAAGUUGGCCACUCUGCUCACAAAACCUUGGAGCUCCCAGACAACAUGUCAGGAACUGGGUGCCUGUGUGGCUGAGGGGGGAUCAUUUUCCGGAAACACAGCAUGUGCCCAGGGCCCUACGUACUGGUGCUCCAGCUUGAGCGCUGCUGAGCAAUGCAAGGCGGUACAGCAUUGCCAGGCUCACGUGUGGAUGUAGCCAGAUAAGGAACCAAAUGGUGCUGGAACAAGCUCCUGCCCUCUGACCCAGUUGUUUGCAUCCUUCCUGCUUAUUGAUCAUUGAGGGGAAGUAGAAUGUAAGAGUGUCUCAUACCCUUGAAUAUUAAAACUCAUCCCAACAUGA